GUAUGUGACUGAGAAAAGUUUACUUCCUCUUUGACAGAGUUUACAAAGCUGCGUCAUCUCAAAAGAACACAAGACAAGAAAUCAACAAUUGAUCUCAAUAAUGGCGGACUUGGACACGUCUGAGAAGGCAAAAUUAUUACAGCCUAACGAACCACCACCAUAUCAGGAUCCCUCUCAGUAUCCUAACACUGGAUAUCCUCCUCCAGGGAGCUAUCCCAACACUUCUGGCUAUCAGCAAUAUGGAGCUCCAGUCGGCCCAUACGGCCAAGGGCCUUAUCCUGGACAUCCUGCAAUCGCUGUACAGCCGACGGUUUAUGUGACCGCCACACCGCUAUUCAAUCCACUGCCAGAUUACCUGGGUUACUCCAUUUUUACCCUGCUGUGCUGUUGUUUACCUCUGGGAAUCGCUGCUCUUAUUUUUUCCAUCUCUACUCGGAAUGCUAACAUGUCCGGACACAGACAAGAAGCAGAGAACAGUUCAAGAAUGGCUCUUACCCUCAACAAUGUCGCUCUUGGUAUCGGCCUUACCCUCAUUGUCGUGUAUAUCAUCUGUGUGAUUGUAAUCAAUGUCAAUCAGCAAUAAUAUAUUUCCAAAAUUAUUAGACACAUCAUGACGAUGAAUACUACUACUAUAUACAAAUCCUUCUAAUGUCAUUUUUUUAAGCACAUUUGUAUUGCACCUUAAACUUUGCUUACUCUUGCUCAGAUUAUAAUUAUGAAACUUUCUAAACUACAUUAGUGAAGUGUUUCAUAUGAUUUUAAAUGCUUUAUCUAUUUUAGAGCUUCUCAGCCAUGUCCUGGACCUUUGUAUUAUAAGUCUUUAUUUAAAACCCUAUAAGAUGAAACAGGUGUGUUAGAUAAGGGAGACAUACAAAAAGUAGUGAUGUGGUGAGCUAUACUCAGGUUUAAAAGGUAUUGAUACUGUAUUUGACAGGAUAAUCAUUAUUGACUUAAAGGUGCAGUGUGUAAAUUUUAGCGGCAUCUAGUGGUGAGGUUGCGAAUUGCAACCAACGGCUCAGUCCACUGCUCACCCCUAAUGCUCUCACAUAGAAAAGCUAUGAUAUCCACCACCAGACAAACAUUUCAUAGUCGGAGACCACUUAGUAAAAAAAUGUUGUCCGUUAAGGGCUUCUGUAGAAACAUGGCGGCCCAAAAUGGCGACUUCCAUGUAAGGGGACCCUCCGUGUAUGUAGAUAAAAACGUAUUAUUCUAAGGUAAUAAACACAUAACGGUUCAUUAUGAAAGGUCUUUAUAAACCCCUGAUAAUAUUGUUUUGAAUAUUAUUUAGCAUUUCUUUCAAGAGAUCAUUUUAAAAAUUACACACUGCACCUUUAAAAUGAACAAAAUGUAUAUGCUUUAAAAUAGAUUAUUAUAUUCUUUAAAUCAAUGGAAGCUGUGAUUAUUAAAGUAAAUGUAUUUUAUGAUAUGUUGUUGUACAGCUUGCUUUUGACUGUAGAUUAAAUAAAAAUUUAAACCACUAAA